GUAAACAAGCAAACAAAAAUGUCCUACAACGCAGAUGAGUGUUCCGAUAGUGGCCCCGAUGCACACCGCGGCGACGGCACGCCGGAGAUAAAUUGUGCGACACCAACAUCGCCGGGCGUGACCCGGCAAGACGCGAUCGUCGGGGGCGGCUCCAUCGAGGGAGAGAUGGAUGGCGCCGGUGGAUUCGGCGAACCCGAACCGGAGGGCGGCCAGCCGGUGGCGGCCGGGUACGAGCCAUGCGAUCCGCUAAUUAUCUUGAAUCUAUUCCAAUCCCUGUCCGCCACCACCAACUCGCUGGAGUUGCAAAUGAAAAUCAAUCUUCAUCUACGGGCCCUGACGAGAUCGGCGUACGUUUUUCUCGUGCCAAUACUGCAUUCCAGCGAGGAAGGCCUCAUUCAAGUCAUUAACGAUAACGUGCUCGAGAAGGAGAUUCGCUUUUCGAUAAAUUCGUCACAUUUCCGCAGCGGCUCCCACCACAACGGCUACCCGUUCGUGAUCGACGACCUGAAUAAGGACUUCUCCGAGGUGAUCGAAAUGGUCGUCGGCAACAAGCACAACACGCUGAUCUACGACAUCCUCGGGCCGAAGGUCAGCAAGCUGCAGUCGCAGACCUCGACGGCAUCCGCAUCGUCGACGUCAUCGUUGAACGACCUGAACUUUGCCGGCUGCCAACCGACGCAACAGCAGAAUGGCGCAACAGGAACCGCACAGCAGCAGCAGAUAGCGCUGUUCGUGUGCAUUGCCGGUGACAGCACGUCCAGGUCCCGCAAUCAGUUCUACAUCGACGAUACGUUCCGGUACGUCCUGGGACACCUGGUAACGGCAUUCGAGCUGUACGAGGAGAAGCGGGUGCGAGACCAGUGCCAAAACCUUCUGCAAGUCGCCCGCAGGUUGCUGGGCAAGAUCGGCGAUCUGGGCCAGCUCCUGCGGGGCGUCAUGACCGAGGCGAAGGAACUGGCGGCCGCUGAGCGGUGCUCUCUAUUUCUGCUCGACAAACACUCCGGCGAACUGGUAUCGAAAGUCUUCGAUGGUAAUGAGGCUUCGAAGGAGAUUCGCAUCGAAAGUGGCAAAGGGAUCGCUGGGUACGUCGCACAAACCGGCAAGCUGCUGAACAUUCGCAACGCGUAUCAACAUCCGCUGUUCUACAAGGGAGUGGACGAGUCGACGGGCUUCAAAACGAGGAACAUUCUCUGCUUUCCGAUCUGCGACGAGGAGGGCGUCAUCGGUGUGGCGCAGCUUUGCAACAAGCUUAAUGGGUUCCAUUUCGACAAAUGCGACGAGGAAGUGGCCACCGCAUUCUCCGUCUACUGUGGCAUCAGCAUUAUGCACGCCCUGGUGCAUAAGCAGGUCCAGAAGGCGGAAGCGCGCUACAAACUUUCCCAGGAACUAUUGUUGUACCACAUGAAGGUCCCCGAUACGGAAGUGAACCAUGCGCUGGAAGCGGUCAAGGAACCGGCCCACACGCAGGACGAGCUCUAUCAGACGUUCCCGCGUUUCGACUUCUGUCCGCGCGACGUCCGCGAUCACGCCCUGUCGGUGCAGCUCUCGAUGCGCAUGUUUUACGAUCUGAACUUUGUCGCCAGCUUCAAGAUCCACGAGUACAAGUUGGCCCGCUUCGUGCUGCUGGUGCAGAAGGGCUACCGGGACACGCCGUAUCACAACUGGUGGCAUGCCUUCUCCGUGGCACACUUUGCCUACACGCUGAUGAUGAAUCUGCGGCUGUUCGAGCGAGGCAUCAUCACCAAAAUGCAAGGCUUCUCCUUUCUGAUCGCCGCCUUCUGUCACGAUCUGGACCACCGGGGCAUCAGCAACUCGUACCAGACGCAAACGAGCAGCCCGUUGGCCCGGCUCUACAGCAGCGAGGGAAGCGUCAACGAGCGUCACCACCUGUCGCAAGCCAUCUGCAUCCUGAACGACUCGAGCAGCAAAAUACUGGACGGCCUGUCGACGGGCGAGUUCAAGGAGUGUAUCGACUAUCUGCGCGAGCUCAUUCUGGCCACCGAUCUGGCGAACCACUUCCGCAUCUUGCCCCGGCUGAAGAAGCUACGAUCGGAGAACCUGGCCGAAGGCGCCAACCAGCGAUUGCUGCUGUCACUCAUGAUCACCUGCUGUGAUCUGAACGAUCAGGUCAAGUCGUGGAAAACGGUCCAGCAUGUAGCGCACCUGGUGUACGCGGAGUUCUUCGCCGAAGGUGAUCUGGAGAAGCAGAUGGGGCUGCGCCCGAACGCGAUGAUGGAUCGCAAGAAGGCGUGCAUUCCGAUGCUCCAGAUCGAAUUCCUUACCACCGUCAUACGGCCAACGUUUGAGAUUCUGGUGCAGAUAUUCCCUGAAACGGAUCCGUUUCUGGCAACGAUCGACAGCAACCGAGCGCAGUGGGAAUGCGUCCGGAAUAAGGCAGCCCAGCAGGGCAACGGAAACGAGCGUCGGAUCGGGCGGAACGGGUCCAGCGAGGAGCAGCACUCGACCGACAAUCCCUGUGACGCGUGCGACCCAUCGGCAGAGUGUUGUGAUUUUACCUGUUACACCAAACUGAACGGUUAAACGCUUGAACAGGAUUCCACUGAUGUUGGAGCGGUAGCGAUCGUCCCGUACGCGGUCUGGCCACCGUCGGGGCGGGUGCGUGUCGCGACACGGGCAGGGCAGAAUUGUUAUAAUUUAUUGACACACCACCACGUUAGACUAUCGUUAUUUGUUUUUGUACUUUCACUUCUUACCGUAUUAGCGGUCCCUGCCGAUCAAGUGUUUCCCGCGUGGAACGGAGCGUCCGUAACGCUCAAAUAUCAACCUGUCACAAAUGGUACUAACUCUAGCGUAUGAUACUGAUAAGUUAAUUGUUAAAUCAAGCACCACACACACUCACACAGACACACGUUGUUUAUGAUUGUUUGCUGGCAAACAGAUCGCAUUUGUUUUCUACUGUGUGUACAGGGAGAGAAGCCAUCCGUUGCAGUUGGUGGUUUAUUUGACCGGCCUCCCGCAAGGCCAGAAAAAUCUGUACCUAAUACCAAAGGUCUGGUGCAUCGCAUGGGUGCUCCUGAGGGGGGCGGGGUAACGCACAUACAUCCGUCACAUGCAUCAAGGAGAAGGGGGGAACAGAGCGGCACAAGUGACGUAUUCCAAUCCGGAUCCGAACGGAGGAAGAGGCUUAUAAUACUUUCGCUCGAAGCCCACUCAUUGUACUCCGCAGGCUCCGAUUUGUAGUAGUUGUAAGAUGAAAGAUUUUUAGUUGAAAAAGAAC